AUGGGUGUGCUAUGCGCCAAGCUGCGCCGCUACUUCUGCUCCUCCUGCUGCUGUUUUAGGGCCUUGCCGCCGCCUGAGGAGUUCCAGGUGCUGCUUCUGGGGCCCGCUGGCAGUGGAAAGACGGAGCUGGGCCACCGGGUGAGCGGUCGAGAGCGCGGCGGGGACGAUCUGGAUCCCACUAACGGAGUGCGAUGCUACCGCUUGGAGUCGGCGGCUUUACAGCGCGAGGAUAUCGCUGUGGAUCUGCAGCUCACCGAGGUCGGUGGCAAUGCGGAAAUGCAGCGCCUCUGGAAGCACUACUACGCUGCCAGUCAUGCACUGAUCUACUGCUUCGAUCUUGGCUCGGGCAUGGAGGAGCUGGAGGACACGUUCGCGCUGCUGCGCAAGUGCCUUCAGGGCACGGCUCUGGACGGAAAGCCUGUGCUUCUGGUGGCCAAGCGACACCGCGAGGGAGUGCAACUGUACGACGUGGAGCACUCCUUUGGCUUGGACCAGCUGGCUCGCUCCUGCGGCUGCCCCCUUCACAUCUGCCACAUGGACGACGCCAGGGAUUUGGGACACGGCAUUGUUUGGCUGUGCCGCCAGCUAGUGGCACGGCGUCCCAUGCUCGAGCAGCGCGUCCGCUACGACGUCAACAUGCAGGUCUGGCACCGACGCAAGAAGUCACUCCUAUCCAGCAGCAAGAUGGCGCAAGUGCAUCGCGGCCGAUUUCGUCGCCCAAACAGAAAGCUCUGGCCUACAGUCAAUAGUGUUAAUCAGACAACGGUGCGUCCCAGUACGGCGCCGCCGACAAUUUUCUUAGUUCGCUCGCGACAAGAGGUAGCGCCAAAUCCGGAGCAAGCAGCGUCUUAG